AUGCAGCUGGAAUUUGUGGGGUGUGUUUGGUUUGGUUCUUCUCCGUCAGCCGGCCUCGGGCUUUUGCAGGUGGGCUGGGGACUCGAUGGAGCUCAGAUACUCUUGAGCCUGCCCGGCCUCUACGUGCCCCAGCUUCGAGUCUUUGAUUUGCUUCCCCCGCCAACCGCUCCCCCAGCGGCGGCUCCACCACCACCUCCACCUGCCGCUGCAGCCAGUGCCCCGCAACCAGUAUCAACGUCAGCCCCUGCCAAUGAAGGCCAUGAGUGUGAUGAUGCCAGUGUGGAUGUGGAGGUGGAGGAUCGCGCCGAUGAGGAAGAGGGUGUGCUCAUAUUUCGCCGAACCAGCAACGCCACUCUUGCCAGCAACAACCUCAUGACCAUGGAGACCUUUUUUGCGCGUGCUCUUUAUGCCUUUCAAGCCCAGGAUGACGACGAGCUCAGCUUUCAAGCCAAUGACAUCAUUCGUGUGGUUCGCUCCAACGACCCUGAGUGGUGGUCAGGCGUUCACGAUGGCAACGUGGGCCACUUUCCCGCAGCCUACGUGGAGCGGCUUGAUGACCAAGGGCAGCCCAUUCAGAAGACACAAAGUGCAGACGCACGCAACGUUAUGACAUUUGAUCAGACCGCAGACGAUGGCAGCGAUAGCUCUGAUGAUGACUUUGAGUCUUCCGCCGAUCUGGUGUUGCCUGCGCGUGGCCUGGAACUAGAAGCACCUCCGCUGCCGCCGCGUGAGCCGGAGCCCAGCACACCUACUGGGGCAGCCUCCGAUGGAUAUGCUGAACGUGCCGUGGCUGCGCAGGCUCCAGAUGGUCAUGAAUACAUAACGGACAUAUUUAGCCAAGUCCGGCGAGGCCCGAGUGGGCCGAUGAUCAGCGCCGAGGCCGCACAACCCUCAUUCACACCACCCGUGCUUUCUGGACCAUCGACCGCACCACCCAUGCCACCGGCUGCCCCACCGGCUGCCCCACCUGCUGCCCCACCGGCUGCCCCACCUGCUGCCCCUGCUGCCCCACCUGCUGCCCCACCUGCGCCACCUGCUGCUCCACCAGCAGCCCCACCUGCGCCGCCCGCUCCACCAGCAGCCCCACCUGCGCCACCUGCUGCUCCACCUGCGCCCCCCGCUCCCCCUGCCGUACCUCCUAUGCUUGGUGGGCCUUCAUCUGGUCCCGCGAGUGCGGGUGGGCUGGCAGCUGCGUUGCAACAACAAGCAUCCUCACUCUCCAAGGGGUCGCCCAGUGAGCCGCCUGCCGCCAGUCCUGGUACUGUGACUGCCGACCUCCUCAAGGGCGUGCAGUUGAAGCGUGCAUCACCAGCCCCAGCAAAAGCAACUGCAAAUGAUUCUGCCCCCCCUGCCUUGGGCCAAAUUCAGCAGGCGUUUGCUAAGCUUAAGAAGACUCCUCAACAGAAGGGUAGUGCGGUGUCACUCGUGGAUCCCGAGCAACAAACUCCACCCACCACGGGUGAAACUGCAUCAUACAUGCCUUCAUCCGAGCAGGCAUCGCCCGCCCCUAUCUCAGCCAAGCCUCCAGCUCCCGCAGUGGCUGCCAAAAAAGCAGUUGUCACUCCCCCGGUUACCGCAGCCAAACCCAAACCCGCUUCAACGGCUGGUGCAUCGCCCACUGUGGCCCCCCGGCCACUCGCCAAGCCCGCUGUUGCUCCACCUGUUAAACCGACAAAACCACCAGCCAAGCCUCCUGCAAGCAGCCCUGCCAAACCUCCGACGCAGCCACCCGCUAAGCCCCCAGCACAACCCCCAGCACAGCCCCCAGCACAGCCCCCAGCACAGCCCCCAGCACAACCCCCAGCGCAGCCCCCAGCGCAGCCCCCAGCGCAGCCCCCAGCGCAACCCCCAGCGCAGCCACCCGCCAAGCCCCCGGCACAACCCCCAGCGCAACCUCCAGCGCAGCCCCCAGCACAACCCCCAGCGCAGCCACCCGCCAAGCCCCCGGCACAACCCCCAGCGCAGCCCCCAGCGCAGCCCCCAGCGCAGCCCCCAGCGCAGCCCCCCGCGCAGCCCCCCGCGCAGCCCCCAGCGCAACCUCCAGCGCAGCCUCCGAACCAACCUUCUUCGACAAUCUCACGUGCAGCCGUCAAUCGGCCGUUGCCUCCAACGCGCUCCAUGCAAACAACUCUGACACCAUCACCCGCCCCGCCUGCACCUGCUCAGAUGCCGCCCCAAGUCCCAGCAAGUCAUCCUCUUCAAAUGCCCACCGGCGCACCACCUCAAGCACCAUCUACACGCCCAACUCCGGCCACAGCUGUGCCUUCUGGAUUUCCCGCAAACCAACCUCCAGCUCGCCUCCCUCAAACCAUGCCCAUUGUAUCCCCAAGUGGGAAUGUGCGCUUCGUUAUUCCACCACCACCCACCAGCGAGGAUGCGCCUUUGGCUCCACCAACUGCUGGCCAUGAGCCUGGCACCGUCUCUUCGUCCGCCACACCUCAGCUGGGCACACGGCGCACGACAGUCAGCUUGCGGGGUGUUGAAGUAGCCAUUCCCACCCCGCCACCUCCUCCCCCGCCACAAGCGGAGGAGGGCAACGCGAUGGAUGAAGAGCUCACGCGCACCGCGAGCACCAUGUCCUCGCGUCCUCGCCGAUCCGCCCCGCCACCGCCGGAUGCGCCUCCAGCAGCAGGCAAAAAGGCGCGCAAGCCCCGGCCCAAGUCCAUGGCUGUCCUCCCGGGCCAACGUCGAGGCAAUGGCUCUGGUCAUCGGAUCAACAUGAACUUGCUGCACCACGGACAAAUGAUGAAGAUCAGCAAGGGCAAGGCCCAGUGCCGUGAAUUCUACCUCUUUCCCAAGGUUUUGGUAUACUGUAAGCGUGAAAAGGGCCUCCUGACCCUCAAGGGAACACUACCUGUCAAUGAUCUAUUUUACACGGACAUUCAAGACGACGCUGAAUCUUGUGGCGGCAAGCUCAUUCGGAACGCGUUCAACAUCAAAAAUCUGGCCAAAAACAAGUGGUAUAUCGUGUAUUGCCCAUCGAAAGCAGAAAAGCUCCAGUGGAUGAGUGCAAUUGCCGAUGCAAAGGAGCAAGUCUUAAACCGAGAUCAAAAGACCUUUGUGGUCACGGUCAUCAAAUCAGAGCAAGUGGGCUUUGGCUUUGACUUGGCCGAAGGUACUCCGACCGUCACGGGGCGGGAGGGUACGGCAGUUGUUGCCCACAUCCGAGAGCCCGCGUUGUGCAUGGGCUUGAAGAUCAACGAUGUGAUAUGGCAGAUUAACAACGUGAGCGUGACACGGCUCGGCUUGGAGGACGUGCUCAAGGUACUCUACAUGAGUGUGGACCCCGUACAGAACAGCGUAUCCCUAGUGAUACAGCGCUUGUAA